AUGAGGUUCGUAGGUAACCUCCAAGUUUAUGUGACUCGCCCAACUCGUGGCUGUCACAUACAUGGUUCCCGCAGGGUCGGGACUUCAUCUCGUGUCCGAGCUGCCCAUUCUGCGUUUGCCGAGAGGAUUGUGGAAGAUCCCCCGUUACUUGACCCAGUCACACCAUUUGCGAGACCACUUCCGGAGCAGGUUGACCAGUUCUGGCGCAAAGUGCCAGGGUGGGAGGAUGUCUCGACAGCCGAGUUUAUCAGCUACCGAUGGAGCAUGAAGAAUCUGGUCGAAGGGCCAAACAAGCUGCACCGAUUCCUUGACAGGGUUUUGCCAGAGCAAAUUCCCGCUCGUGGUCAAAAUGGUGUCAUGGAACCUCGAGAAAAGCUGAUGGCGGAUAUCUUUGAAGGCGUUUCUGAAGCGACCAUGUCUGUUAGAGUGAUGCCAUACACCCUCAGUCGCAUCGACUGGAGCAACCCGCGAAACGAUCCCAUUUUCCGCCAAUUCAUACCCACGAAGUCCAUAAUGCAGCCAGAUCACCCAAAGUUGACGCUUGAUUCGUUGGAAGAGGAAGCCGACUCCCCCGUCAAUGGCUUGGUUCACCGGUAUCCCGACAAGGCUCUGUUCCUCCCUCUCUCUGUGUGUCCAACCUAUUGCGUAUUCUGCACUCGCUCCUACGCGGUCGGUGCCAAUACGGAGAGUGUGGCGAAAGCCUCCCUCAAGCCUGGGCGUGCACGAUGGGAGGCCGUCUUCCAACACAUCGAGCGCACACCAGAGAUCCAAGAUAUUGUCGUCUCCGGGGGAGAUUCGUAUCAACUCAUGCCUGAACAAAUCAAGAUGAUUGGUAAUCGUCUUAUUUCAAUAGACCAUGUCCGUCGGUUCAGGUUCGCUUCUAAGGGUCUUGCUGUUUGUCCGACGCGCAUUCUGGACCCGAAUGACCCAUGGACCGAUGCCGUAAUCUCGAUCUCGGACAAAGCUCGUAGAGUCGGUAAAGCUGUGGCACUCCACACCCACAUCAACCACCCCAGCGAGAUUUCCUGGAUCACCGAGAGGGCCAGCCAGAGGCUUUUCGAGGCAGGGGUGAUGGUGCGAAACCAGUCGGUCCUACUUCGUGGAAUCAACGACGACGUUGCCACCAUGUCCAGUCUGAUCAGAAGACUCGCGGACAACAACAUAUUCCCGUACUACGUCUACCAACACGACAUGGUGAGGAAGUCGGAGCACCUGCGUACGCCGCUGCAGACCAUUCUGGAUCUGGAAGCCAGUAUCAGGGGUUCGAUUGCGGGCUUCAUGAUGCCACAGUUCGUGGUGGACCUUCCUGGGGGAGGUGGCAAGCGGUUGGCAAGCACGUUCAAAUCGUACGAUCGUAGUACAGGUGUGUCGACGUAUGUGGCACCCGCGGUGACGGGCCGUGACAAGCAAAACAAGGUGUAUGAGUACCACGACCCCGUCGACUCAGUUGAACCGUGA